GCAAAAAGCCCUUCAGUUUAUCAACACACUGUGACCGCCGACGGUAUUCAAGUUAAUGCUUGUAGUAAAUUUUCAACUCCGACACCUCAACCUGCAUUGCAUCAUUAGGCAUUAAGUAUCUCUCUCUUCACACCCCUGCGGAUAAAGGCCCUGCGGUGCAAUCAUUUUUGCAAUCUCAGUCCUUACACUCUGCUUUUCAAUGCCUAUUCCUCCGUUUAAAUGAAUUCGUAGAAAGACUGAGAGGAAAAGAAAGAGGAAGAUGAUAUUUUUCUCGAUCCCCGAGCUUGUUAUAGUGAUCGCAGUUUCGGUUUCGAGAUUGUGUUUCUUAGAAGCUACUACUGAUCCCGUGGACUUGCAAGGACUUCAAGUGUUGUACACUUCACUGAACAGCCCUUCACAACUGAUUGGUUGGAAAGCAAAGGAAGGUGAUCCUUGUGAUGAAUCAUGGAAAGGGGUUAUUUGUGUAGGCUCUUCUGUGGUCUCAAUAGAAAUUUCUGGGCUGGGGUUGAAUGGAACAUUGGGAUACCUGCUCAAUUCUCUUACAUCAUUGAAAGAACUGGAUAUGAGCGGCAACAACAUUCAUGAUCUUAUCCCAUAUCAGCUACCUCCAAAUCUCAGAAGACUGAAUCUUGCGAAUAAUAACUUAAGUGGAAGUAUUCCUUAUUCCAUCACACUCAUGACUUCUCUUCAUUAUCUGAAUUUUAGCGGCAACUCUCUCGCGCAACCUAUUGGAGAUGUGUUUGCAAACCAUUCUGACCUUUCAACGCUGGAUCUUUCAUCGAACAACUUCAGCGGUGAUCUCCCACCUUCUUUGGGGUUGUUGUCAAAUCUUUCAACAUUUCGCAUGCAGAACAACCGUUUGACUGGUACUCUUAACAUUUUGGUUGGUUUACCUUUGACCGAUUUGAAUGUAGCAAACAAUAGUUUCAGUGGAUGGAUACCAAAUGAGCUCAUUUCUAUCCCCAAGUUCAUAUAUGAUGGGAAUUCAUUUGCCAAUGGUCAUGUUCCUCCUCCGCCACCAUUUACCCCACCUUCUGCAAGUAGUCCCCACAGAAAAAACUACACUCCACCCGGACCACAUGAAACUCCAAGUUCUGAUGACAACCUAUCCAGCAAUCCAAACAAGGAAAAGGAAAAUAGUGGAAUUUCAGUUGGAGCUAUCAUCGGCAUAGUUCUGGGGUCUUUAUUUUUAGUUCUCUUGGCUAUUCUUCUGAUUGUAUUUUUCCUCCAAAGGUUCCGGAAGAAGGAAAUUGCAGCAAGGCCAUCCAUUGAAAGUCUUCAUCUCAAUGCAGAUAAAGAGUUGCUAGAUGUAAGAGAAAGGUCAACUUCUAGAAUAGUAGACAUGAAGCUCCCAUCAACAGAGAAAUCCAUGAUUGAAAAGAUGCAAGGGAAGAAUGGAUCUCUAAGAAGACCCCCUUUUAUUGCUUCUCCUUACACUGUUGCAGCACUUCAAUCAGCUACAAACAGUUUUAGUCAAGAAAAUCUUAUUGGUGAGGGCUCUCUUGGGCGUGUCUAUAGAGCAGAAUUUCCUUAUGGAAAGACACUGGCCAUAAAAAAGAUAAACAGUGCAGCAUUAUCACUGCAAGAGGAAGACAAUUUUCUAGAAGCCGUUUCGAGCAUGUCAAGGCUGAGACAUGCCAAUAUUGUCCCGCUUGUGGGAUAUUGUGCAGAGCAUGGACAACGUCUUCUUGUCUAUGAUUAUAUUGGAAAAGGUAGCUUGCAUGAUAUGCUGCAUUUGGCUGACGAGAGGAGCGAACUGCUGACUUGGAGUGCACGUGUAAGAGUAGCACUUGGCACUGCUCGAGCUCUAGAAUACUUGCAUGAAGUGUGUUUGCCAUCAGUUGUGCAUAGAAACUUCAAAUCAGCGAACAUUUUGCUAGAUGAAGAGCUCAAUCCUCACUUGUCUGACUGUGGUUUGGCUGCUUUAACACCGAACACAGAGCGCCAGAUUACAGCGACACAUAUGGUUGGUUCAUUUGGUUACAGUGCCCCUGAGUUUGCGUUAUCUGGAGUAUACACUGUGAAGAGUGAUGUGUAUAGUUUUGGCGUGGUAAUGUUGGAGUUAUUGACCGGAAGGAAGCCACUUGAUAGCUCCAGGGAUAGAUCAGAACAGUCACUUGUGAGAUGGGCAACACCUCAACUUCACGAUAUAGACGCCUUGUCAAAAAUGGUUGAUCACACAUUGAAUGGCAUGUAUCCCGCGAAGUCCUUGUCCCGUUUUGCUGACAUUAUUGCCCUUUGUGUUCAGCCUGAACCAGAGUUUCGGCCACCCAUGUCCGAAGUGGUGCAAGCGUUGGUCCGGUUAGUCCAACGAGCAAGCGUAGUUGUAAGACGGUCCAGUGAUGACUCGGGAUUUUCGUUCAGGACUCCAGAUCAUAAUGACCUCACCAUGGACAUGCCAUAGUAGAGUAACCUCUGCAAUUUUGCAAGUAACAUCAGCAGAGGCACAUGGCGAGAGCAGGUUUAAAUUGAACUGACACGAUCACAUGAGAGAAUUGCAGGUGGCUGAUAUAAAAUGAGAAGAAGAAAGUUGUGAAUAAUUAUGUCAGCAUUUUUAACUCAAGGUAAAUAAAUUUAAUGACAGGAAAAUAUUUUCUGUGCAUCUACUUGAAAUCCUGAACAUCUUGGGAACAGAAAUGGUGCGCCAUUUCAUUGUUGAUACAUUUAGACCCCGUUUGGUAGCACAAAAAUUGGCUGUUUUGGCUGAUUCUGAUGAAAUGUAUGAAGUUCUGG